CACAACUAUCAUCGGAUUUUGGAAUUAAUUUUGUCAAUCCAUGAUUUAUCCGAUUAUCAAAUCAAAUAUCACAUACAUACCCAUAUAAAUACAUCUCCCUUUACGCUUUAUUUGCCACACUACACCUACAGUCAAAACAUUUUUUAAACCAAAUCAAAACAGAUACCAAAAAAAAUAUAUAUGAAAAAAUCAAAUGUUUUCCUCCUCUCCAUACUUCUCAUGGCUUCACUCUUCUCCAUAUCCCAUAGCUUUACACUCUGGGGCUACGGAAUCGACCGAGUCAGCAUACGUGGUGUCGUGUAUUGUAGCCUUGACGGAGAUCCAAGCGCACCACCUGUCUCUAAUGCCACAGUCUACAUUGAAUGUCCAGGCUCAAACUCAACCCUCGCUCAAGCAGUGACCAAUGCCGUCGGUGUAUUUACCCUUGUGAUCAACCCCGCCUAUACGCCUUUGGUUAAUCCAAGUAAGUGCGAAAUCAAAGCAAAUCUUCCUACUAACUCAUGCUUUAUCUAUCCACCGGGCGGCGUACUCAGAGCCUCCGUUAAUGAUCUGGUUAGCAUUAGCCUCCAGAAUCUCAUUGUUAUCGCUACCUAUGCCGCCACAACAUUUCUCAGCUCUAGUUAAAGUUUAUCGCUAACUAUGCCAUCGGUGUCUUCUUGACAAGGAUGUAUGAUGCGAUCGUCGCUGCUUUAAAGU